UGUAUGAUAACGGCUACAGCGAGCAGAUGAUGGAGGACGACGACUCCAGAACCAACCUGAUAGUGAACUACCUGCCGCAGAGCAUGAGCCAGGACGAGCUGCGGAGCCUGUUCAGCAGCGUCGGGGACGUCGAGUCCGCCAAGCUGAUCCGGGACAAAGUGGCAGGCCACAGUUUAGGUUACGGCUUUGUUAACUUUGUUAACCCUAAUGAUGCAGAGAGGGCUAUCAGUACCCUCAAUGGCCUGAGGCUACAGUCUAAAACUAUCAAGGUGUCGUUCGCGCGGCCUAGUUCGGACACGAUUAAAGACGCCAACCUGUACAUCAGCGGGCUGCCGAGGACGCUGAGUCAGCAGGACUUGGAGGACAUGUUCACUCGCUUUGGACACAUCAUCAACUCCAGAGUGCUGGUGGACCAGGCCUCCGGUCUGUCCCGGGGCGUGGCCUUCAUCCGGUUCGAUAAGAGGUCCGAGGCCGAGGAGGCCGUUAAACACCUGAACGGGCACACGCCCCCCGGCAGUUCGGAGCCAAUCACAGUCAAGUUCGCCGCCAACCCGAAUCAGGCCAGGAACUCUCAGAUGAUGUCACAGAUGUAUCACGGCCAAUCACGGCGCUUCGGCGGACCUGUCCAUCACCAGGCCCAGAGGUUCAGGUUUUCUCCGAUGAGCGUCGACCACAUGAGCAGCGGGGGCGGAGUCUCCGGGAACUCGUCCACUGGUUGGUGCAUCUUCAUCUACAAUCUGGGUCAGGACGCAGACGAGGCCAUCCUGUGGCAGAUGUUCGGGCCGUUCGGCGCCGUCGUCAACGUGAAAGUGAUCCGAGAUUUCAACACCAACAAGUGCAAAGGGUUCGGCUUCGUCACCAUGACCAACUACGAGGAGGCCGCCAUGGCGAUCCACAGCCUGAACGGGUACCGACUGGGAGACAAAGUCCUGCAGGUCUCCUUCAAGACCAGUAAGGGCCACAAGUAGGGGGGGGGGGAGCGGGUGUGUGUGAAUGGGGGGGGUGGCGGCGAAUCUCGAAGAAACGAGUCCGAAGGUUUUUUGUUUUGUUUUUUGCGAACACUUUUUCAGAGAGCUUUGAGUUGUCAACAGUCGUGUUUGUGUCGAUGUGAGUUGAUUCUUUUUCUCCCAGCAUGCUCAGUUUCUUUCAGGUUGUAUGACAUCAGUUGUUGCUGUAAAAAAAAAAAAAUUGAACGUUGUUUCUCUGAAUGUUGGUCCAUGAUGGCGGGCUGCGGACCGCAGGAUGACGGGCAGCGUGGUCACCUCGGAUCUUUCUAGACUUUCAGGUGCAGCAGUCGCUCAGCAGCAAACAGCCGUCUCAUUUCUGAUGAUUAAAGUUCAUCUUAGAUUCAAACGAUAAAAAAAAAUCGUCUCUGAGCAGACGAUAGAUGAUUGACAGCUCUCUGGGCCAAUAAGCGCGCAGGAGGCGGGGCUCCAGUCUCUGCAGGAACAAACAGAUUUUAUUUCUUCUGACAGUUUGCAGGUAAAAACGUACAGAAAGUGACCCUUUUAACGUGGACUGGUUUUGUGUUUUUUGAAUCGCAGCUUCUUUGUGACGUUGAACUGUUUAUUCAGUAAUAAAUCUGUUUCUUGAACUUU